UCGUCUCGCUUGUUUUCGCAAACGAAUGUUACGUGACUCUGCUCGUGAAAUCAUAUAAUUUUUUUUGUCCAAGCUAAAUCUCUAAAGUUCUACAUCGAUAUUUGCAAUGUGUAAUGCAAGUGUAAUGUAUAUCAAAGAAAUAUUUACAAUUAGUCUUGUAUAUGUGUAAACAGUAUACAAAAAUCUACGUAUUUAGUGAAUUCUGUGCAACAUCUUCGUCAUUCUUUUUGUUAAAAGUAAUUACUUCAAGUAAAGACAAUGUUUUCAUCAACUUCCAACAAGCAACAAAUGUUGAUACUAAUGCUGAUAGAAAUCAUCUUAAUUGCAUUAAUGGGGACAAUAAUGACGUAUGGCCCAGAAGCAAAUGCUAAUUUGUUGAGAAAUCAGACUGGUACCUUUGAUAAACUCGGACAAGUCGUAAAAACGAACGACAAUUUAAUGCAAAUUUAUCCACUGUAUCAAGAUAUCCAUGUAAUGAUCUGGAUUGGCUUCGGCUUUUUGAUGACGUUUCUUAAACGAUAUGGCCAAAGUGCUGCGGGCUUAACAUUUCUUGUGGCAGCUAUUCUCAUUCAGGUAGCUCUAAUCUGUGACAGUAUGUUGCAAAUAAAAUUAGGCAACAAGGCUUAUCUUUCAUUAGAAAGCCUUCUUAGUGCCGAUGUCGCAGUCGCCGCGCCGCUUAUCUCCAUGGGAGCAGUUCUGGGUAAAGUGACGUACAUGCAAUUGAUAUUCAUGGGAAUAAUAGAGUUGAUUAUGUUUACUGUCAAUCAAUACAUAGGCGAACAACUGUUUAUGGCUGUCGAUGCUGGUGACAGUAUGUUUGUUCACGUUUUUGGCGCAUAUUUUGGAUUGGCAAUUAGCUUCGUAAUUGGGGUAAAGGAAAAGCCGAAGGAACAUGAGCUUGAGGGAUCGUCCUAUCAGUCAGAUAUAUUUGCCAUGAUCGGUACUGUGUUUUUAUGGCUAUUCUGGCCAUCAUUCAAUAGCGCUGGAUUAACGGGGGACGAUCAACAGCGAGCAAUAAUUAAUACUUUGCUAUCGAUAUCUGCGAGCUGUGUAAUUACAUUCGCCGUAUCUGCGCUGGUCUCUAAAAACAAUAGAUUCGAUAUGGUGCAUAUUCAGAACUCAACUUUGGCUGGUGGCGUAGCCAUCGGUACAGCCGCAGGUAUGAUGUGUCAACCCGUAGGGGCUUUGGUCGUUGGUGUUUUAUCUGGCGUGAUCAGCGUGCUGGGAUAUAAAUAUCUUACGCCUAUCAUACAGAGAUACCUUCAUAUCCAUGAUACUUGCGGAGUACAUAAUUUGCACGGAAUGCCGGGAGUGUUAGCUGGACUUUUCGGCGCACUCAUGGCAAACUUGGCUACGGAAACUACUUAUAAUUACUCUCUAUACGAAAUAUUUCCGGCACGGGCACCAAGCUCAGAAGUAAAACUUAGUGAAAUACGAAACAAUUAUCCCGGAAUAUCACCAGGAUUAAAUAGGACAGCGUAUCAACAAGCAGGAUAUCAAUUAUUAGCGCUGGUAGUAACCCUUGGAAUCUCCAUCGUUUCCGGCUUGAUAACAGGUUUCCUAAUAUGUACACGGAUGUGUGGCUGGAUCGUCGAGGAACAGAAAUUCAACGACGAGGUAAUUUGGAAUUUGGAAGAAGAAUUUCAGCGCAAAUCAUCCGGAAAGAGCUUAAAGGAUAAUGUUCGUACCAACGAUCAAAUAACUAUGAGCCAUAUUUAAUAUACACAUUUAUUUGAAUUGUAUGAGUAUUCAUUAUAUAUCGAUUAUCUUAAUAAUAAAAAAGAUAAAUCGAACUGAAGCGUUAAGUGAUCUGACUCACUGUUAUAAAGCGCGGCAGCAGAGUUGUCGUCUUGUUGAUCUGCGAAGUUUAUCUGUAAAGUUAAUCUAUAAAAUAUAAUAAUAAAUUCAGAUUAGAGAGCUGUGUAAAAAAUAAUUAAUAUUUAUAAAA